AACAUGAAUAACACUACUGAAACGUGUCGUGCCGUGAAUGGUAUAGAUGAGAAUCAACGUUGUAACUUUGUGAGAAGGACACUUGAUUGUAGAAGCACUCUUGGUUAUAUAGAUUACACCGCUUAUAUGUACUGUUCUUUUGGAAAUGAAGGUGACAGAAUUGCUGUUGGACUUAGUGUUUUAUGGCUAUUGUUGUUAUUCAUUGGUCUAGGGAUGACAGCAAAUGACUUCUUAUGUCCUGCACUUUUUGUCAUUUCGAAAACUUUGAAGAUGUCUCAGAAUGUUGCUGUAUCUUUUAAUUCUAUUAAAACAUAAUUAUGUUAUUAAUUAUAAAUUGUAUUGUGUACCUGAAAGUUUUAU